CACACACACACACACACGCUCUCACUCCCUCAUACACGCUGCUCAGAGCUCCAGCUCUCACUCACUCACACACUCGCACAGCGGAGGAGCUCUCGGACCCGGACGCGGUCUCUCCGUCGUGCGCACUCAGUCCUCAACGCGCGGCACGGAACGUGAACCCGACCGCGCUUCUUCCUUCUCCAAACGCGCAGUGAGUUUCAGAAGUGAGGGAAGACAGAAGAACAGAGGGGAGAUCCUUGCCUGGAAAAAAAACUCACUUUUUCAUGAACUGCUACUAUCCAUCCUGAGAAAAACCAAACCCGGAGCUGUACGCGCACUCGGUGAUGUUUCCAAACCUGAACCCGGAGCAGAAAGUUGUUUAGGACCAGACGGCUAUCUGAAUACAGUUUGGACAUGUUUUGUUACGUUAGAUUCGACUGACUCGUGUCUGUAUGAAGAGUGAACACUGAGCUCAUCCAUGCUCCUGUGCGCCGAGAAAUAAGCUGCAGAAGAGAGCAAGUCAUCACCAUACUGUGGAUAAACCAGUUUAUUACUGAAGAAAACCAACAAUACGACUCAGCCACUUUCACAUUUUUCCCUUAGAGCCACCUCGACCGGGUGGUGAAAUCCUAAGGAAAGAUGGAUUUAGCCAGCAGACUGUUUGGAUGCUUAUUUGUGUUUUGUUUGUCAUCGCUGGUUUACGGAGAUGAGGAGCCAUGCGGUGGCCACCGAGACGCCAGCGAUGCAGGAUACAUCACCACACCCGGUUACCCACAGGAGUACCCGCCUCACCAGGACUGCCGCUGGACCAUUACGGCUCCUGAACCUUCCCAGCGCAUCGUCCUCAACUUUAACCCUCACUUUGAGCUGGAGAAGCUGGACUGCAGAUAUGACUUCGUCGAGAUCCGUGAUGGCAAUUCAGAAUCUGGAGAUUUACUGGGGAGGCACUGUAGUAACAUCGCCCCACCAGCAAUCAUCUCAUCUGGUUCUGUACUCCACAUCCGAUUCGUGUCUGACUAUGCUCACCAGGGAGCCGGCUUUUCGCUACGCUAUGAAAUCCACAAGACAGGUUCAGACUGCUCCAGAAACUUCACCAGUCCAUCGGGCGUAAUCGAGUCACCUGGCUUCCCUGACAAGUACCCUCACAAUCUGGAGUGCACCUUCAUCAUCGUAGUCCCUCCACACAUGGAAGUCACUCUCACCUUCAUGACGUUUGACCUGGAGAACGAUCCUCUGCAGGGCUCUGAGGGCGAGUGCAAGUACGACUGGCUGGAGGUGUGGGACGGCCUGCCGCAGGUCGGACCCCUGAUUGGACGUCACUGUGGGACCAAGAUCCCGCCUGAAAUCCAGUCGUCCACCGGGAUCCUCUCGCUCACCUUCCACACGGACAUGGCCGUGGCUAAAGAUGGCUUCUCCGCUCAGUAUAACAUGACAGUAAAGGAGGUCAAUGACAAUUUCCACUGCAGCAAUCCUUUAGGCAUGGAGUCAGGCCAGAUCGCCGAUGACCAGAUCACAGCCUCUUCAUCAUUCAGCGAUGGCCUGUGGUUUUCACGUCAGGCUCGCCUCAACUACGACAACAACGCCUGGACGCCUGCCGAGGACACGAGCAGAGAAUACAUACAGGUCGACCUGCAUUUCUUAAAGGUCUUGACGGGCAUCGCCACCCAGGGAGCUAUCUCUAAAGAGACGCACAAAUCCUACUAUGUCACCAGUUUCAAGUUGGAGGUCAGCACCAAUGGAGAGGACUGGAUGGUCUACCGUCAUGGAAAGAACCACAAGGUUUUCCAUGCCAACGCAGACCCAUCUGAGGUGGUUCUGAACAGGAUCCCUCAACCCGUGCUGACACGGUUUGUCCGGAUCAGACCCCAGACGUGGAAGAACGGCAUUGCAUUGCGCUUUGAGCUCUACGGCUGUCAGAUCACAGAUGCUCCAUGCUCAGAGAUGCAAGGCAUGCUCUCAGGACUGCUCCCGGACUCCCAGAUAUCCGCGUCCUCCAUGCGGGACAUCCACGGUUCCAUGGGGGCAGCUCGGUUGGUCGCGAGUCGUUCUGGAUGGUACCCGAGUCCCACGCAGCCUGUAGCCGGAGAGGAAUGGCUUCAGGUGGAUCUGGGCGUCCCCAAGACUGUGCGUGGCAUCAUCACACAGGGAGCCCGCGGCGUGGACGGCAGUACCAGCGCCGAGAACCGAGCUUUUGUGAGGAAGUACCGGCUGGCGCACAGCAUGAACGGGAAAGACUGGAGUAACUUUAUCGACCCCAAGACCGGCCACCACAAGAUUUUUGAAGGGAACACACACUUUGACACACCGGAGAUUCGGCGUUUCGAUGAGAUCGUGGCCCAGUUUAUCCGAGUGUAUCCAGAACGGUGGUCACCACCUGGCAUUGGGAUGAGACUGGAGAUCCUGGGAUGUGAUCUACCAGAAUCCACUACGAUUGCUGAAACUGCCACCCCGACUCUGCCCCAGCAAGAAGAGACCAGUACAGCCCAGAGAACACCAGCUCCCACCACCCUGUCAUCUCUAGGAGGUCUGUGUGACUUCGAGCAGAAUAUGUGCGGCUGGACACACGACCCUACAGGAGAUCUAAACUGGGCAUUGCAGAGUCCCUCCAGUCCUGGACUGGACCUGCCUCUGGGAGCUGACGAUUAUGGCAGUUUCCUGUACCUGGAGGCGAAUCCUAAGACGGAGCAGAGGCGUGCAAGGCUCCUGAGCCCAUAUGUGGGGCCUGAACAGGGUCCGCUCUGCUUGCUCUUUCUCUACCAGCUUUGGGGAGAGGCACAGGGCACGCUGCGGGUCCUGAUUCGCAACGACAAUCAGGAUGAGACCCUGCUCUGGACCCUGAGCGGAGACCAAGGCCUUAAGUGGAAAGAAGGACGCACCAUCCUGCCUCAGUCACCUAAAGAAUACCAGGUUGUCAUCGAGGGCUUUUUUGAGCACGGCAUUCGAGGCCACAUCUACAUCGACAAUAUCCACAUGAGCUCCAGUAUAGAGCUGCAACAGUGCACUGAACCCUUCCCUGCGUUCCCACCUGAGAUGACUGAACACAGACCUAUUGAAUUCGGAAACAAUCCCCAGUUCGAUAACAGAGAACACCUAGACAGAGGUUUCUCGUUCUCAGCCUGGAGCACACCCAUGCCCUCGCGGACACCUCCGGUAACACGCGUCUCCGAGAAGGAAAACGCCUGGCUGUUAACGCUUGACCCCAUCCUGGUCACCAUCAUCGUGAUGAGCUCUCUGGGUGUGCUGCUGGGUGCGGUGUGUGCCGGUCUGCUGCUCUACUGCACGUGCUCCUACAACGGCCUCUCGUCACGCAGCUCCACCACACUGGAGAACUACAACUUCGAGCUGUACGACGGCAUCAAGCAAAAAGUCAUCAACCAGCAGCGCUGCUGCUCAGAAGCAUAAAGACCUGCUGGAACGUUUUGGCCUCUCUACAGCUUAGUCAAAGACUGUGAUUAAACCUCACUCUCCUGCCACGCUCCACUCUGAGCAGAUCGCCGAUUCGUUGAAGCACAUGCUCGCAGCAGAUCGCUCGGCAGGUGUGAAAGAAAAUAUCGACACAUAUCAACUGAACGCCUAUCCCAAAUAUAACGAAGCAAAUUAAGGAAAGUGUAUAUGAGUAUAGAUUUGUAAAGAUAUAAAAAGAUCUAAUGGGAGUUAGAAGUGAGUGGCAUUAGGACUUUGUAGACGGAUCAUUGCUUGUGAAGUCUUUGCCUCCAUUUGUGAAAGACGUGGUCUAGAAGAUUGUGGACAUGUUGUUUAGUUUUAGACCUGUGUCUUUAUGCACAUCUGCUUGAGUUGUUGCUCUGUACCAUAGCCAUCACACCGUUUUACGCUGUGUCAAAUUUCUUGCCAGUCUUAAGCUUACGCUCACGUUCAGUCUGUUUAUGUUGUGCAACAUUGUUUUUUAAAGCGGGUAGAUGAAGAAACAUUUGGACCUUAAAAAGUCUUUGACCCAGUGCAUUAGGUUUAAGUAUUACAGCUCGUCUAUCGUGUUUUGUUUUUUUUAGCAUUUGAUUGUUGGAUCUGUACACAUGGUGAAGCACUGUGUGAACCAUUUCAGAAUUAUUUAUUUGCAACCUAUGGAUUGCGAGGAAAUCGGAGCCACUUGGUUCAAGAGUGUUAGAGACUAAAGAGAAUGGAAGCUAAUUCAUCCACGCGUGGAGAGAACGUCUGCAUUUCCUUCACUUACCCCAUACGCUAAAGGAAAAGAACACAGCACAGAACUACUCUACCGAAGGUGCUAAGAAAAAUCCCAAACCUCUUACACGGACCCACAGCCGAGCCUUAAGUGAACUGUAUUUGGAUGAGAGCCAUUGUAAAACACUAGUUCUUGGAUUUAAAAACUUCAGGAGCUUGGUAGAAUCGGGCCUUAUGCUUUCUUUCAGUUCAGACUGUCUCCUUGUUUUGAUGCGUUGUUGAAAAGUAAAGGUCAGCUACACCACAAAAGCAGGUUUGCUGUAAAACACAAACACGGAUUGAAAUUUCACAGCAUGUUUGUCUCACCAUGACGAGGGAGAGUGAGCGGAAUAAAAACAACACGCUCCCGCCGUCCCGUACAGAGGCAUGCUGGGAGCCGGGGCUCGUAGGUGCACUGAUUAGGAUGUGCCGAAAGCAGCAGCCGAUAAGGAUCGCUCGGAGAGAAAGACGGUGUGUCCAGCUCUGUUGUCACUGAACUUUGUUGACUCUUUUCAAGUGCCUUGGAGCUCUGACCUGUUUAGCUUUGCUGCAGAGCUGUGAAAGUAUUACCUCUUCUGUCUGGGACAGGGGGCCAACACCAAAAGACAUGGACAUCCCGGCACUGGUCAGAUUAUACAGAAAUGUUCUCUUUGUAGACUUUGUACAGAAAAUGUUCUUUUUAUUGUUAUUAUUAUUAUUAUUAUUAUUUAAUAAAGGAUAAAUAAAUAGUA